UUGUCAAAAUGGUCAAAAUAUCAAUCAAGUUAUUCUAAUUUUUUGUUGAGUUGAAUUUGAGAUUAUUUUGAGAAAAUAAAAAUUACCUACAUCUUUCUUACAUACUUAAACAUAUAAAAAAAGUGCAUCUGGUUGAAGAAUGUCUUUAGCUUUAAGAAAAAGUACUGAUAUAUUUUCAGCCGCAAAAUGGAUAAUCCGGAGAGAUUUCCGACCUCUCUCCACGUUGCCAGAAAAGGCUGAAGUACCCCAGGUACCUACGGUUAAGAAAUCUAAACGCAAACCUCCAAAAAAUAAUCUAUUGGAAUCUCGGCACGCUUACCCUGAAUUUCUUCCUGACCCCAAUCCCAACUGGCGAAAUAGUCUUCGAGAGAAGUUGGAAAGGGCGGACAUGUUGAAGCGUAGGGCUCAAAUUAACAUUCCUGAGUUCUAUGUUGGUUCUAUCCUAGCAGUGACUAUAUCUGAUCCUCAUGCUCAAGGCAAGACUAACAGAUUUGUGGGCAUUUGCAUUGAGAGGAAAGGCUGCGGGCUGCGAGCUGAAUUCACACUUCGAAAUGUGGUAGAUCAUCAAGGUGUUGAGGUGCGAUAUGACCUUUAUGACCCAACAAUUCAGCAGAUUCAGGUCUUACGCCUUGAGAAGCGCCUCGAUGACAAGUUGUAUUACUUGAGGGAUGCUCUGCCUGAGUACAGUACCUUUCCAUUUGAUAUGGACAUGGAGAUAUUGCCAGAAGGCACUCCAGUACCCGUCAAUCCAGUGCAGGUUAAAUUGAAGCCAAGACCAUGGCUAGAAAGAUGGGAGAGGCAAGAUCUCAAGGGCAUAGCCAACAUAGAGGAAUACUUGAAAGAAAAAGAUAGAGUACGAAGAGAACUGCACAAGAAACCAUGGGAGAAAUUCGACUUGAUGCUGCAAUAUAGAAAAACGAUUCCUAUCGAAGAUCAAAAUAACGUUUGGGAUGAAGUUUACACCCAGUUGCAAAAUCUACAGAGCUCACAGAAGAAGAUGGCCAGAAAGCGUACGUUUAGCACGCCGAAAACGAAUCUUGGCUAAAGUAUUAGAAGUUAUUAUUUAAAAGUUAUGUAUGUUUUCAAUGUAGUUUUAUAAAAUAUACUUAUGUGAAUAUG